GGACUGAUCGAAUCAGUAGAUCGUCAGCCUUGCUCCGGCGCAACAAAACUUUCUCGGGUGAUUCGGUGGUUCGCGACAGUUCAACUUUCGAGUCGAGAAAGCUCACGAGUGGUCAAUUGUUUGUGAUUUUGCAGCCUCUUAGAGGAAAUCCGUCUGUGUCAGUCGUCAAAGUGAAAUAAAAGCCCCGAGGAGAGCUUUUUCAAAAUGUCCACAGCCGUAAAAACAUCGAAAUAUUCCUACCGAUCGACAGGAGGCGGAAGUGCCGAUGUCAACAUUGAAUACAGUGCCGAUUUGAGUGCUCUCUCUCGCCUCGAGGACAAAAUCCGUCUCCUCCAGGAUGAUUUGGAAAGCGAGAGGGAGCUCCGUCAAAGGAUUGAGCGCGAGAAGGCCGACCUUAGCGUCCAGGUGAUCGCCAUGUCUGAGCGUCUCGAAGAAGCUGAGGGUGGUGCUGAGAAUCAGUUCGAGAUGAAUCGCAAGCGAGAUGUGGAGAUGACGAAACUCCGCAAAUUGCUGGAGGACGUGCACCUGGAGUCUGAGGAGACGGCCCACUUGCUGAAGAAGAAGCACCAGGAGGUCAUGGUUGACUUCCAGGAGCAACUCGACCUGCUGACCAAGGCGAAAGUGAGGGCCGAGAAGGAAAAGUCCAAAUUCCAAUCUGAGGUCUACGAACUGCUCUCCCAAGUGGAGACGGUGAGCAAGGAGAAGGUCCUGGUUGUGAAGCAGGUGGAGAAGCUGGAAGUGCACAUCUCUGAGUUGAACGUGCGCAUUGAGGAGCUCAACCGCACUGUCCUGGACAUCACGGCCCACAAGACCCGUCUGUCUUCUGAGAACAUCGAACUGGUGAAGGAGGUGCAGGACCUCAAAGUCAACAUCGAAGCCGUCAUAUACUCCAAGUCUCAGGUCGUGACCCAACUCGAGGAUGCCCGUCGUCGUCUUGAGGAUGAGGACCGCCGCCGAUCCACCCUGGAAGCCAGCCUGCACCAAGUGGAAAUCGAACUCGACAGCGUCCGCCUGCAGCUGGAGGAGGAGUCCGAGGCCCGUCUGGAUCUCGAGCGUCAGCUGGUCAAGAUGACCGGCGAGGCUCAGUCCUGGCGCGCCAAGUACGAUGCCGAGGCUGCCGCUCGUGCUGAGGAGAUCGAGGAGUUGCGUCGCAAGUACACCGCUCGCAUCCAAGAACAGGAGGAACACAUCGAGUCUCUGCUGGUGAAACUCAACAAUCUGGAGAAGCAGAAGAGCCGCCUUCAGAGCGAGGUUGAGGUGCUCAUUAUCGAUCUGGAGAAGUCCAAUGCCACGGCUAGGGAGCUCCAGAAGCGCGUUGACACCCUUGAGCGCACCACCAUUGAAUUGAAGACACGCCUGGAUGAGACAGUUGCCCUCUACGAAGGUGCCCAGCGUGAUCUCCGCAACAAGGCCGCCGAGAUUCAGCGUCUCAACCACGAAUUGGACAAGGUCAAGGAGCAAAACAACACUCUGUUCCGCGAAAACAAGAAACUGGGAGAUGACCUCCACGAAUGCAAGGCCAUCAUUUCUGAGUACACCCGUCGCCUCCACGAGUUCGAACUGGAGGUUCGUCGUCUGGAGAACGAACGCGAUGAACUUACCGCCGCCUACAAGGAGGCCGAAGCCGGUCGCAAAGCUGAGGAACAGCGUGCUCAGCGUCUGGCCUCUGAGUUCAACUCCUUCCGCCACGAGGCUGAACGUCGUCUUGCUGAGAAGGAUGAGGAAAUCGAAGCCAUUCGCAAGCAGACCGCUCUGGAGAUCGAACAGCUCAACGCACGCGUGGUGGAGGCGGAGACCAAGCUGAAGACCGAAGUGGCACGCAUCAAGAAGAAGCUCCAGAUCACCAUCACAGAGCUGGAGAUGUCCCUGGACGUGGCCAACAAGACCAACAUCGAUCUGCAGAAGACCAUCAAGAAGCAGUCCCUGCAACUCACCGAACUCCAGUCCAGCUACGAGGAGAUGCAGCGUCAGUUGCAGCAGACCCUCGACCAGUACGCCGUGGCUCAGCGCCGCCUCACGUCAAUGACUGCCGAAUUGGAUGAGGUGCGUUCCAACUACGAUGUGGCCCUGCGUGGAAAGCGCUCCGCCGAGCUGGCCGUGGAGGAGUGUGGUACUCGCAUCACCGAAUUGAGCAAUGUCAACGUGAGCCUCGCCUCGGCCAAGGUUAAGAUCGAACAGGAGUUGCAAGUGAUCGCCAGCGACUACGAGGAGGUGACCAGGGAAUUGCGCAUCAGUGACGAGCGCUACCAGAAAGUUCAGGUAGAGCUGAAGCACACAGUCGAACUUCUGCACGAAGAACAGGAGCGUGUGGUGAAGAUUGAGGCCAUCAAGAAGUCCCUCGAGGUUGAGGUCAAGAACCUCUCGGUCCGCCUGGAAGAGGUGGAGACGAACGCUAUUGUGGGCAGCAAGAGAAUCAUCAGCAAACUGGAGGCGCGCAUCCGCGAUUUGGAACUGGAACUUGAAGAAGAGAAGCGACGACAUGCCGAAACCAUCAAGAUCCUGAGGAAGAAGGAGCGCACGGUCAAGGAAGUGAUGAUCCAAUGCGAGGAGGACCAGAAGAAUGUGCUGCUCUUGCAGGAGGGCCUGGAAAAAGCCAACGCCAAGAUCAGCUUGUUCAAGCGUCAGCUUACGGAACAGGAGGGCAUGUCUCAACAGUCCGUCACCCGUGUCCGUCGCUUCCAGCGCGAACUGGAGGCCGCCGAGGAUCGUGCCGAUGUGGCCGAAACCAACUUGAACCUGAUCCGCGCCAAGCAUCGCACCUUCGUCACGACAUCCUCUGUUCCCGGCUCCCAGGUUUACCUCGUCCAGGAGACCAGGACAACAACCACCGAUUAAGCCGUGACAUCCAUUCGAAUUUUAUCUCAGACACACACCAUUUUACCUUUUUUCGGACAGAUAUUCUCUUUCCCCCAUUUCACGAACCCCUUCCCCCUAUUUUAUUGUCUUUCUGUCUUAGUUUCUUUAUUUUUUAUUAUCAAAUCAAUUCUGUCAUCGCGCGAGAGAAAGCAAAAUUAAAAAUAUGCACAACAUUCCCGGCCAACUGAGGGAGAUUGGAAGCGGAGACACACGCCAUCAUCACUCCUUUUUCACUCUUUUCCCCCAAAAUGAAAAACAAUCAAACAACGAGCGACACAGAGGGCGCAAUUUGCCGGGAUCCUCUUUGAGAAAAAAAUAAAAAACUCACACACAGAAACUUAGAACUCUACUUGAGAGAGAAAUCAUUUUAUAAAGAGAGAUAAUUAUGAUAUUAAAUAAAAAGGAUAUUUUAAAAAGUCCA